UAAAGCAUACUGAUUGUAGACAGUCUCCAUAAGAGGCCAGACACACUAAGCCUACACAUAGACAGUACAAAGGGAGCCACUGGGUGCAGGCAGCUAGUUUACACAGCUAUACAAAAAGAAGAAGCCAUACUUUUUUAUAUAUUUUUUUGAAUAUAGACACAAGCUGCACUUUUAGGACAUGGGCAUGCAUGGAUCCAAGCCUCGGAAACAAGCACAGGUCCUGAUGCUGGGUCUGGACGGAUCAGGGAAGACCACCCUGCUCUAUAGGCUGAAGUACAACGAGAGCGUGGUGACCGUGCCAACUGUGGGCUUCAACGUGGAGACACUGGAGACCGACAGGAGCAGCCCGGGCCUGACGGUGUGGGACGUGGGGGGCCAGAAGAAGAUGAGGCCCCAUUGGAGGCAUCACUAUACUGACACAGCCGGACUGGUGUUUGUAGUGGACAGCUGGGAUCAGAGGCGGCUGGAUGAGGCCCGCAAAGAACUUCACCGGGUCCUGAGGUACGAGAGUCUCAGAGGAGUUCCUCUCGUAGUCCUUGGCAACAAACAGGACCUCCAUGGCGCUAUGAGUCCAGAAGCGCUUUGCCUGACACUGGACCUGAAAAAAGUGUGCGAGGGCAGGGCCUGGUUUAUACAGCCCUGUUCAGCCACCACCGGCAUGGGACUAGAGGAAGGUUUCAGGAGGAUAGUCUAUCUGAUGAAGACUCCAUUUAAACAGACUCAAGAGGACAUUAAGGUUAAGAUGAAGUCUAAGGGCUUCAGUGUCACAGCUGUGAAACAAGUCUUGCGAUGCAGCAGAUGUUAAAUGAAAAUCUUUCUUGGAGAUUCAUUCAAAUGAUGUUCAGGAUUCCUUCUCGUCUGCCUGUGUAAGUCGUCAGCAAAUGGCCUCACCGUGGCGUCUACAGGCUCAAAUGAGAGGAGGUGAUAAUAAAAGGGAUGAGAUUAUCCUAGUUUUAAGUGUUAAUCUCAGUGGCACAAAUAACUUUUACUCAAUCCUGGUGAAGACAAAAUGCCUUUGAACCGUGGUGGUAACCCAUGAGGAUGCUGUGAGUAAUCUUGGGUUAUGACAGCUGAUGUAUCACAAGCUGAUAUUAGCCGCUUGAAAAAUACUAUGUUGGCGAUAAUUCAGUCUGAGUGUGUAUGUGUAGGCUUACAUGAAAAAGGGACUGAUAAGUGAAAUGUUGUUCUUCAAUUGUGCAUUAUCUGUUCAGUUUAGUUUAGUUUUAUUUGUUAUGUAUUUAUUUGUAUGCAAUAUAAAAACUUAUUAUGUGCUUAAUAUUUCAUACAAGCUUUAUUUAUUUAUUUGGAAUUACGUUAAAUGUUAAAUUGUAUAGAUUUUCUUCAGCAACACAAAUGGGACUAAAACAUAUAGUUUUGUAAAGUAUACAUGUUGUUACAUCAAACUAAAAGCCAUGGCAGAACUGUAAAAUCUGUCAAGUCAUGUCAUGAUUUCAACAUGUGUGUUUAAUGUUAUGCUGGCGCUCUUUCAGUGUUGUUCAUUUAUUGCAAUGAAAUAAAGAUAUUAAAAUAUCAGGAAUCAAAGGAGGUGGUUCUAAGU